AUGGAGGUGCAGCUGGGGAUCGGGCGCGUGUACCCGCGGCCGGCGGGCCGGACCUUCCGCGGGGCUUUCCAGAGCUUCUUCCAGAGCGUCUGCGAGGCGUUCCAGGCUCCGGGCUCCGCCGCGCCGCGGGAAGAGCCGGGCACCAGCCACCAGGCGCCGGCGUGCGCCGCCGGCCCGCCGAGCCCCCGGCCGCCGCCGGCCGUCUCGCCCGCCUUCCUGCCGCUGCCGGAGCCCCGCGGGGCCGCCAAGGCGCUGCCGGCCGCCCGCCCGGCCAUGGGCUCGCCCUUCCCGUGCGCCGGCGACCUGAAGGAGCUGCUGGGCGAGGCGGGCGCGCUGCCGCCGCUGCUGCCGCCCGAGGCCGAGCCGGCGGCCGGCCGCGCCGAGCCGGCGCCCAAGGAGGACUUUCUGGGCGACAGCGCCAAGGAGCUCUGCAAAGCCGUGUCCGCCUCCAUGGGCCUGGCCGUGGAGGCGCUGGAGGCGCCCGGCGAGCUGCUGCCCCGCGAGGACUGCAUGUUCGCCCUGCCCGGGGGGCCGCCCCGCGCCCCGCGCCCCGCCGCCAAAGACCCUCCGGAGCCGCCGCCCGCCCCGGCCGCCUUCAAGGGCAGCGGCGGCGGCGAGCCCGGCUUGGCCGUCGACGUGCCCGCCGGGCUGGCCCUGUACCGCGGCUCCCCGCCGCCCGAGGAGCCGCCGGCGCUGCCGGGCCGCGACUGCUUCGCGCUGCCGCCGCCGCCCGCCCGCAUCAAGCUGGAGAGCCCCCCGGAGCCCGCGCCGGGCGCCGCCUGGGGCGCGCCGUGCCGCUUCGGCGCCGAGCUGGCCCCGCCGGGCCCCGCGCCGCCCUGGCCGUCCUUCUUCGCCGACGAGGGGCAGCUGUACGGGCCGUGCUCCGAGCCGCCCGCCGGGCCCUUCGCCUGCGGCCGCGGGCCGCCCGCCGAGCCCGCCGACUUCCCCGCCGACGCCUGGUACCCGCUGGGGCGGCCGCCCUACGCCGCCCCCGCCGCCUGCAUCAAGAGCGAGCUGGGGCCCUGGGCCGAGGGCUACGGCGGCUACGGCGACGCGCGGUUGGAGACUGGCCGCGAUCAUGUCUUGCCCAUUGACUAUUACUUUCCACCUCAGAAGACUUGCCUGAUCUGCGGCGAUGAAGCAUCGGGGUGCCACUACGGAGCCCUCACGUGCGGGAGCUGCAAGGUGUUCUUCAAACGGGCGGCUGAAGGUAAGCAGAAAUACCUGUGUGCCAGCCGGAAUGACUGCACCAUUGACAAAUUCAGAAGGAAAAACUGCCCGUCCUGCCGCCUGCGAAAAUGCUACGAAGCGGGGAUGACUCUCGGAGCCCGCAAGCUCAAGAAGCUGGGUAACCUGAAGACACCAGAUGAUGCCGAGGCAGCCAGUUCCUCCAGCCCCACGGAGGAGCAGGCUCCCAAGAUGGUGAUGACGCACAUUGAUGGGUUUGAGUGCCAGCCCAUCUUCCUCAACGUCCUGGAAGCCAUCGAGCCAGCUGUGGUGUGUGCUGGCCAUGACAACAGCCAGCCUGACUCCUUCUCCAACCUGCUGACCAGCCUGAACGAGCUGGGGGAGAGGCAGCUGGUCUACGUUGUAAAGUGGGCAAAGGCCUUGCCAGGAUUUCGUAAUCUGCAUGUGGAUGACCAGAUGUCAAUAAUCCAGUAUUCUUGGAUGGGUCUUAUGGUUUUUGCUAUGGGUUGGAGAUCUUUCACUAAUGUCAACUCCAGGAUGCUUUAUUUUGCUCCAGAUUUGGUCUUCAAUGAAUACCGGAUGCACAAAUCCAGAAUGUACAGCCAAUGUGUCAGGAUGCGGCACCUCUCUCAGGAGUUUGGCUGGCUUCAGAUCACACCCCAGGAGUUUCUCUGUAUGAAGGCUCUACUCUUCUUCAGUAUUAUUCCAGUGGAUGGCCUGAAAAACCAGAAGCUCUUUGAUGAACUUCGAAUGAAUUACAUUAAGGAACUUGACCGGAUCAUCGCUUGCAAGAGGAAGAACCCUACCUCCUGCUCUCGGCGAUUUUACCAGCUCACCAAGGUCCUGGACUCCGUGCAUCCUAUUGCCAAGGAUCUGCAUCAGUUUACAUUUGACCUUUUAAUUAAGGCACAUAUGGUGAGCGUGGACUACCCCGAAAUGAUGGCCGAGAUCAUCUCUGUGCAGGUUCCAAAGAUCCUGUCUGGAAAAGUCAAACCUAUCUACUUCCACGCGGAGUGAUCUUCCAGCGGGGACCUCCCUCUUCUGCCACCCCCAUUUCAGCCAUCUCCUGCCUAUUGUUUCUGCACUACUGUACUGCAGUGCCUUGGGGAAUCCCCUCUAAAGACGGUGUGCUGAGAAGACAGACAGUAGCAACUAUCUGCUGGGAUUCCUUAGAUUUCUAUUUUUCCUGUGGUACCUCUGAACUGAACUACCUGCCACGGCUUCUGCCUAGGUUUGGCUGGCUUGGUCUGCUGGGACACGUGGCGUGUGGCCUGGUGUCCCUGGCACGGUGUCUGCACUCUCUCCUUUGGCUUUUCCGCAGUGACUUCUAGUGGCCCAUGGCCACGGGAGAUUGGGAGAAAUGCCACCAGUAGGUUGUUUUUGUUUCGUGUAUUAUUUUUUUUUUUUGUUGUGUUGUUUUUCUUUUUUUCCCCCUGUAAAACAAAACAAAGUGAGAAGCAGGUCGAACCUAUACGUUUGGGCACGGGAUAUUUUACUGGCCUCCCUUGGGACAUUCUAUUUGUGUUAUGGUGCUGGGAAGCAGACGAGUUAAAGUGUUGCAGUAGAGAAAUGGAGUUAGAGGAAAGAGAUGAAUUAGCAAAUUGUUGAAUUUACAGACCCUGCCUCGGAGUCGGGGGGUGCCCUGCCCUCACACCACUGCAGGGGCUGCUGGUGGCUACUGCUUUCCACCUGGGAUAUUUUUCCUGAGGCAAACUGGAUGUCCGUGUGCCCGGUGGACCCCUGGGCGCUCAGCAGUCACGUUCGGGUCGCGGACAGCUGCUGCCCCGCAGGCACAGCCCUACCCCUCCUUCACAAGUGCCUGACGCCUCUCGGACCUCAGCCUCUGCCCUCCUGCCGCCGGGCACCGCCAGUCCCGCCUGCCUCUGCCCCGCACCAGCUCUGUUCACGCCGGGUGUCCGAGGCCCAAGUGUUUCAGCUACACUACUUAUUUUCCAUUUGUCCAGACUCUUCUUUCUGACGCCAGCAGACCCACGUCCCAGGAGGGGAGCAGCCAGGACUGUCUCUGCAGGAUCUGUGGCCUGUAAUUAAUCCUAUCCCGUGGGAGAUGGUUGCGGCAACAGGCAUGGUAUUUCCAUGGCGCUUCAGGGAAGCGUAAAGAAAAUGCUUGAGACCUUCUCUCUUCUUGAGGUGUGCGUGGCUCCUGCUGCUGUGGUAGCUGGCUGCAGGCACCUCCUGUGUGCACCGCCACGCCUCCGCGUCGUGCCUGGGCCGAUGCAAUGCGGGACGCAGCACGGCCUGUGCAGGUGGAUAAACACACCCUAGAGAACCUGGGCAUUCAGUGCAAAACCAGACAAAUUCAAAGGUUAAUAGGUCUGCAGUUGCCGAUGGCUCCCAGUGGUCAGGAAUAUUUGAGGAAAGGAGGCUUGGUUUCUCAGACGUAGAUGUUGGCUUGACUCCAUUUUAUCCCUCACAUUCGCAGGAAAGUGCAGGCCCACCAGCCCACAUCCAGAUUUGCAUUUUUGGCAGGCUCCACUUCUCACAAAGCAGUCAAACCUUCCCUCCCCUUGGUGUUUUGGUUCUCCCCUUCCCCGCGCUGGCGAGCCCACCGAAGCCGUGCUGCCAGCCCUGGCCGGUGAAUCGGGGCAGGCUCUGGCCGGGCUGGCCUGCACUGCCUGCAGGCUCCUCACACGGACACAGAUCAGCAGCAAACGAGGCCUUUGCCUGUGGUUUUGCUGACAGGCAGCGAUUCCACCUCUGGGAGACUUGGUGCCCCCGAGCAGUGUGCUGUUGUGGUCUCCCAGCACAAACAUGCAGAAAGGGCAUGUUAAGUUUGGGAGUUCGGAGAGGUGGGCCUCCUUACAAAUCACAUUAUUCCCCCUGCGCAAUGCCAACGAGUCGUGUUUGUCAGACGUCUUUACAGAGAAGAGAGUUAGGUUUGGGACGGUUGAUGCCAUGUACAUCUCCUGAGGCUGCCGUGCAGCAGCCAGUGCUAAUUCUGCUCCUGGACCUUUCACGAGCUGAGCAUAACCAUCAGCUCUGCCGGCAAACGCCUUUGUGGUGCGUCUGGGUUCUCUGCAGACUCUCACUAAGAACAAGCCUUUAAUUUUACUGAUAUUCCUCAGUCCUGCUAUAUGGGGUUUUCCUUAAGGGAAGGGGUGCGAAAACACAAAAAUACUGAACGGAGGGUCUCUCUUUACAGUUAUUUGUACUGAGAUUUCCUCUCCUGGUAUCUAUGGCUCUGAUCAAGCUGUUCCUCCUGAGAGCCCUUCUUGCAGGUGGCGUCAGAAGCCACAGAUGACUUUCCUGAGCAUCAGCCAAGAGGCACAGAUUCCCAAUAGCUUCUUCUGUUUAGAGGGUUGUGGCUGCAAGCAUCUUAAGUGUCGGUAUGCUCUAUUAAUAUUUGCAAAUGAAUCAAUUAAAAGCCCUGCUGGUGUAUUCCUCCAUUCUUGAACAUUUUCUGGCUAUUAGCAGAGGAGUACAAUGAAUAACUGGCUUGAAAAUGCCCUGAUCUCUGUCGUCAACAGGAGGAUGCUUAUGGUCAGUUUAAAUGGCUUCUCUGGAGAGCUUUCUACAUUGCAGGAGCUCAUGUCACUGAGGUUUUCAGUAGUUAAUGAGUGUGAAGGUAGCCUGCUGGUUACUUUUCUGCUGGGAGACUGCAAAGAAAUUGGAUAUAAUAGGAAUUUGCAUACACUGAUUUCCUGGUGGACGCACAGUGUGAAUGAAAAAUGAUCUAGAAGGAGGAUACUGCCUGUGAAUAUCUGCCUGCCUCUGCCAGAUGCCUGCAGCCUGUGCGUAUGAUGCCUCUCCAGCCAGGUGUGCUUUAAGAAGGAAGCAUGUGCUCCCUUGCAGUCCCACCUGUCCGAUGGUGUAGGUGGGCAGUUGGGUUGCCUUGUCCACAGACACCCCACAGCUCCUGUGCAUUAGGCUGAUGUUCUGUAGCUCUUUGAUUUCAAAGUCAAUUUCUGCAACUUUUUUUUUGUUGUUUUUUUCCAAAAGUCAGCUUUUUAUGAUACUCUCGGAGGAAUCACUGGAGGGUUUGGGAGCCAGGAUCAGUAGCACCCAAGCGUGUAUUUGCUGGGGGGAGGCUAACACUGUUUCUUUGUUUAUUUCUAUCAGCUGCUGCAGGAACUGGAAAAAAAAAGAGGCUUAAGAAACACCAAAGUCCAGAUCCUGACAUAUAUCUUUGUACUUUGUGUUUUCUUUUGUGUUUUCUUGUCUACUUUUGCUUUAAUAAAGCGAAGAGAAUCUCACCAUCAUCACAAUCCUGUCACGGUGUCCCUGAGGUCCCCGGGCGCAGCCGGGGAGCAGACCCCCUCCAGGGCCCGCAGCCCCCGUGGGGGCACAGCCCGCGUUGUCCCGGCACUCUGGGGGCUAUUGUGCUGGUGUAAGCUUGGUCGCUGCUCAGACCAUCAGCUCCCCUCGAAGGCAGCAGGUGGGGGACAAGGAACAUGCUGCUGUUGGCCUGGCAGGAGCAUUAUGGUAUGGAAAGCUCAAUGAGACAAGGGGUGCAAAUGGAGCUGGGGUGGAGGGGCUGUGUGACAUCUUACGGAGAGCUUGGCACCACCUUAACUUGCUCCCAGAGAAGCCAAGAGGAGCCCUCUGCUUGGCUUCAGAAAAAAGGAAGUUAAGCCAGAGCAACGAGCAUCCUGCACUGUGCACAAGCAGGUAAACUACCAAGUGGAUUGGCCCUGGGGAGGCAGGUGAGGGUGCUCAUCACCUCUACCACGGUGUAAUGGAGUCCCACGUCGUUGUGUGUGCAGAGCUAGCCAGCUCACUGCCACAUCCCGCAGGGUGCCCGGGGGGGUGCCGGGGAGGCUGGGAAGAGCUGGGCUCCCUGCAGCCAUCUAACCCAGGGCUCUCUGCAGCCCCCAGGUACGGGCAGCUGUCGCUCCAGGUACUGAUCCCUCUGCCAAGAUGUUUCAAUAAAAAAACAGAAGUUAAAUGUAUAUAUAUAUGUUUAUAUAUAGAGAGAGAGGCAUGCCCCAAUUUAUAUUGCUAAAAAUAUAUAUUUAAUGUUCUUCUGUAAGAAGGUUUCUUUCCUGAUUGCACACUGAGGGUAACUAAGUAUUCGUCAGGAGGUGAGUCUGUGUGCCAGUACUAAUGGGAGCUUUUGAUUUCAGCUUUUUUUUGGUUACGUACUGCCCAGUUGUCAAGGGUCUGUCCUUGCAUGACGUGAAAGGAGCGUGCGCUGGCAUGGUCUGGUGUCAGUGUCUGCAUCUGCAGCUUUCCUUUAACUGCCUGGUUAGACAGGGGUAGUGUUUGCACUUGAGGGACAACAGAGCAUCCUUUAUUUCUGCCCUCUCCAACUGCACAAAGUGUCCUUGCACUUUAGGGCAGAAUCCUGGAAUUACAAAGUGGUAGCUGCUUCCUAACGGAUGUUUCAGAGUAGAUUUUUUAGAGGCACAGAAAUACUUUAUUGUACCACAAGGACCGGCAAAUUUUCUCUCUGCACCUUCGUGUGCUGGUGCCUGCUGGCCAGCCGUGCAGGAGCUGGCGAUGCAGGAGGCGCGGCGUGGCCACGGCCGGUGCCCCCGGCGAGUGCCCGGCACCAGGGGCAGCACAGCUGGGAGGCGGCCGCCAGCACCUCGGGCACGAGCUGGCCAUCAAGCCAUGGGUUUCCAGAAGAAAAGGCUCAGACUGCAACCUUCCCACACCUCUGUAUUCUCGCUCACCGGGGCUGUAGUCACUGCUUUGAGGAAGCAAGGAGGGACUUUUGUUCAUUCCCAUUUAAAAUGGCAGGGGAACCUGCCUUUGUGAUUCAAAAAGCAAAUAUCUGCACCACACAUAAAACCACAGCAAAUUUAUAAUAAGCUGCUCUCUGUGCCAGGUAUUUUGUGUUCUGUGGCAAUUUAAUGCUGUUUUUAUUUGUUAACGUCUCUGUAAUAAAAAGAGUUCUCUAUAUUGAUAUAUUUUAUUUUCUUUGUAAUAAGCCAAAAAGCUCAUUGCUGGUGCCUUUUUGCCUGGGGAGGACUCCCAACCCACAGCUAUAUUCAUGAAAGUAACAAAGCAUAAUGUAAUGUAUUUGCAAUUGCUUGUUUCACCAUAGCUAAGUAAAGUCAUGAAGCAAACACCACAGGAUUACCAAAAGAAAAGGAACAAGCAGCCUACAGAUUGGGCAGAAUUUCAGGUACAAUAACGCGGUUAUUUCUCCAGCCUGUUUCCAAGCGAGUGAUUCCAAGGUGAGGGCUGACCUUUUGGCUUCCCACACUCGGUAUCGAAAAGCCUUUGCCCUGUCUCUGUGGGACCUUUUUGCUGCAUUGUCAACCUUUGUCCUCUGCACGAUUUGCGAUUUUGUUGAAGCAUACACACAUCAUUUUACGAGGGUUGCAACUUUACCGUGGUUGCAACAUUGUUGUUCAAAAAUGGCAGUAUUUUGCCUAAAUUAAUAGCAUCUGAGGCCAAAUUCUGCUUCUAGAGAAAGACAUCGGUUGGCUUGUUGCCACUGUUCCUUUUUUUGUUGUUGCUGUUCUUUAUCGGAACUACGAUCUGGCCUUAAAUACACAGACCAAGGAAGAUGGAGACCUGCCGUGUCACGGUGCCGUCGAGGCUGGAAGCAGGUGACAGCCCGCUGCCGGGAGGCAGCUCGGAAAUCAGAGCGCUGGCCCGACCGACAUCCCUGCUUGUAACGAACCAAAAAGGGGAGCCCGGCCGGCACCCAGGAUCAAGACAAAGCCAGUUAUACUACACUAGGGGAAAUCAGACUAUUUAGUUUUUGACUAUUAGUCCAUGCUUGGGUCCCGUGCGAGCGCUCGGCCCGUGCUGUGCCAUGGGGCAGACCUUCAUGCUUGGUGUUUGGCUCUUUUGUAAUCCUAAAAUCUGUUGUUCUAAGUACAAUAAAAAGCAGAAUCUUGUUUGUUGGAAAACUGCUGUAUGCGUGUAUUUGGCUUUUAUUUCAGUUAUGUGCAUGAAAAAAAUGUUAUUCAGUGUGACAAAUAAUAGAUAUUGAAGAAGCCAGGAAUAAUUGGGUCAUUUUUAAAUGGAUGAGGCUGUAUGUUGGGUUAUUCGUAGGCUAUUUUUCACAGUCGGAUUUUCGCUAUUAAUUACAUGUCUGAACUGUUAAUUCAUUUACCCAUCUACUGACUAAUUCUUUCAUAUAUGCCUCUUUGGGUCUUUUAAAAUUGGAUAUCAUUUGAUUAAUGUGUUUCUUGAAGCAAGGAGCUAAUAAAGGCCAGUGUCCUCCUCC